UCCACUCAGUACAGCAUGGAUCACUUCAGUGGGACUCAUAACUGGUUUGCUUGCUCUCACGCCCGACCCACAUACUGCAACGUCUGCAGGGAGGCUCUCGGGGGGGUCACCUCCACCGGCCUGUCCUGUGAAGUCUGUAAGUUCAAGGCCCAUAAACGCUGUGCAGUCAGAGCCACUAAUAACUGUAAGUGGACGACGCUGGCUUCCAUCGGGAAGGACAUCAUCGAGGACGAGGACGGGGUCUCCAUGCCUCACCAGUGGUUGGAGGGAAACCUCUCUGUGUCGGCGAAGUGUUCGGUCUGUGAGAAAACGUGCGGCAGCGUCCUGAGGCUGCAGGACCUGAAGUGUCUGUGGUGCAAAGCUAUGGUGCAUGCUGUUUGUAAGGAUCAGCUGUCCUCUAAAUGUCCUCUGGGUCAGUGCAAGGUGUCCGUCAUCCCCCCCACAGCACUCAACAGCAUCGACUCUGACGGGUUCUGGAAGGCCUCCUGCCCCCCCUCCUGCACCAGUCCUCUGCUGGUCUUUGUGAACUCUAAGAGUGGACACAACCAGGGGGUGAAGUUCCUGCGACGCUUCAAACAGCUGCUGAACCCGGCACAAGUGUUCGACCUGAUGAACGGGGGGCCACACCUGGGGCUGCGUCUGUUCCAGAAGUUUGACACGUUCAGGACCUUGGUGUGUGGAGGAGACGGCAGCGUCGGCUGGGUUCUGUCCGACAUCGACGCUCUGACGCUGCACAAACAGUGUCAGCUGGGGGUUCUUCCUCUGGGGACCGGGAACGAUCUGGCCCGGGUGCUGGGCUGGGGGUCAGCCUGCGACGACGACACACAACUGCCUCAGAUCCUGGAGAAACUGGAGAGGGCCAGCACCAAGAUGUUAGACAGGUGGAGUAUUAUGGUCUAUGAGACCAAGUUUCCACGGCAAUACUCGGCCUCCACAGAGGACUGCAGUGACGACUCAGAGGUGCAGCAGAUCCUCACCUGCGAGGACUCAGUGGCUGCUCACCUGACCAAGAUCCUGACCUCAGACCAGCACUCUGUGGUCAUCUCCUCUGCCAGGGUUCUGUGUGAGACGGUGAAGGACUUUGUGGCUCGGGUUGGUAAAGCUUACGAGAAAAACAAAGAAAGCUCAACUGAGUCCGAGGCCAUGAGCAAGAAGUGUGUUGUGUUGAAGGAGAAGCUGGAUUCGCUGCUGAAGACUCUGAGUGAGGAGUCGCAGGCGUCCCCCCUCCCCAUCCGGCCCCCCCCCCCCACCAUCGCUGAGGAAGAGGAGGGAGAUCUGCCUCCUCUUCAUCAUCUUCAUCUUCAUCAUCCUCCUCCUCACUGCCCCCCGAAGACCAGCGCCGCCAUCUUUAAACCCAGAGAGCAGCUGAUGCUGAGAGCGAACAGCCUGAAGAAGGCCAUCAGACAGGUCAUCGAGCACACUGAGAGAGCGGUGGACGAGCAGAACGCUCAGACCCUGUUCUCUCUCGGGGGGGAGGGUCUCCUGGAGGAGGACGAGGAGGACAAGAUGUCUCUGCAGUCGUCCUGCAGCGCCAAGAGGUCACACAAAG